UGUCAGUCAGUCCUUGCUCUCAGACCUCAGUUGUGCUCAUAAGUGAUGUGUGCGCGCAUGUUUGUGUCUACGCUCACCAGUUUCGCAGACGGGACGAGGCCGAGUUCUGCUUUGCCACUCUUGCCCCAAUCGCUCUGUUAGUUGCACGUGCGCGACCAGCAGACUACAGCCAGGAAUAGAAGUAAACAGAAACUUGAGAACAGAUGGGUGGGACAUUUCUGAGUAUGAUGGUGGUGGCAGUGGCGUUGGCAAUGUUGCUGGGGGAAGGAGGCGGCGCCGCUGCCCACGAGCCACCUGUGGUAAGGACGCCCCAUCAUCACUUCGCCCAUCUGUCUCAACUCGGAUACCCUUGGGAGCCGCACUACCUCCUGCAGCGGAUACACGGCCUCCCACUGCCUCUCAGAGUACACUACAUCGACGAAGGACCUCGCGACGCUCCUGAGACCCUCUUGCUGUUGCACGGGACGCCUUCCUGGUCCUUCUUGUACCGCAAGGUUGUGCCAGGUCUCCUUGCCGCUGGUUACCGUGUCAUAGCGCCUGACCACAUCGGUUUCGGGCGUUCCGAUAAACUGACAGACCCUAACGCGUACUCCCAUGAGAUGCACGUGGCCACCGUCCUGCUGCUGCUGAAGGAACUCGACCUGAAGGGUGUGACACUAAUUGCACACGAUCUUGGAGGUCCUACGGGCGUGAGCGCCAUGGCCCGAGACCCAUCUCGCUUCCGCCGCCUGGUGCUGCUCAACACGUGGCUGCCACAGGGCGACAUAUUCAGCUCCUUCUUCCGUGCCAGCGAGCACGCACCUUACCUGAUGUUCCGUGCUUUGGUUCAAAGUUUGGGUCGACAGCAAUCCGUGGAGACUGUGUUUAGGGUGGCCUCUAAAGCUCCGCGGGACGCAAUCUCCCACGGAUAUGGGGCUCCUUUCCCUUCACACCUAUACCAGGCAGGGCCCGCGUGGUGGCCACUUCUGAUCCCUCUGACGAAGAAUGACCCGAUGGCUCGUGAGAUGCAGAAAGCAGCGCUGUUCCUCCUGAAUUGGGAUGGCCCAGCUCUUAUCGCCUACAGUGACGGGGAGCUAUUCACUCUUCCGGGGAAGGCACUACUGCAGCGCGUUCUGCCACAAGCUUGCGAGGCUCAGAUUCCUGACGCUGGUCACUUUCUGCAGGAGGACCAAGGACUGCUGAUAUCACGCCUCAUAAUCACCUUCAUACAGAACAGCUGCAGCCUAGGGUCACGUAGUCUUACGCCCGAGUUAUGACGGUAACGUGGCUGCGCCAUCGCUCAGAGCAGGAAGGCAAGAGUCAGAGAAUAUAUUGCAGACACAAUCUGUACCGAUCUCUGUAUCUACUCAGUUAAUUUAAGAUAAGGUAAGGAGCUAUUUAUUCAUGAUAGAUUAGGAUGUAUAUCAUAACUUAUUCUGUGUGCUGGUGUAAAUCAUAAACAUUUUAAAAAAUGAUAUGAUUAUAU